CUUGUUUGCUCGUCUGGUUUUAUUUUCAGGAAAGUCACAAUCGGAAGAAGAAGUUUUAAUGUCAGAAAGGCCUCUGGUUUGUAAGGAGCGUAUUUUAUUUGAUUGUUUAAGCCAAAACAAGGCGUAUUACGCUACCUGGCAAAGGAAUGCUGACUUUUAUGUGCGUUCAUGUUUUUAUUAUAUAAAGCGUGACGUAUUUUCAGAAGAUUGUUGAGCUGUUUGACAAACACAACUCUACGAUGUGCAGUUGUGCUGCACUGUUAAUCUUCAGACUCAGAGUAGUUUAUUGAUCCAUAAGGGAAAAUAUUUUGGUUACAGUGCUCCAGUACAAACAGUAACAAAGACAGACAAUACACAAAGUAAGAAAUGGCACAAUAUAUACAUACAUAUAAGUCACUUAUUGAUAAAUAGCUGAAUAAGAAAGAAGAGCAUGAUGUGCAAAAGGGUGCAGCUAUUGCAGUAAACAGUGUGUUAAGUUGUACAGGGAGCCACAGGCAGGAGUGAGUUCCUGUGUCGGUCAGUGGUGCUUUUUGGUCAUCUCAGUCUCUCACUGAACGUGCUCCUGUGACUGGCCAGCACGUCAUGGAGUGGGUGGGAGGAAUUAUCCAACAUUGUCUUUAUCUUGGACAACAUUCGCCUCUCCGAGACCACCUUAAGAGAGUCCAGCUCCAUCCCUACAACAUUGCUGGCCUUGCGGAUCAGUUUGAGUCUGUUAGUAUCAGCAACCCUCAAUCUACUCCCCCCAGCAUGCUACGGCGUAGAGGGUUGCACUGGCCACAACAGACUCAUAGAAAAUCCUGAGCAUUUAAUGUCAAAGACUUGAAUCUGGUAGUUAUUGUCUCGAGCUGUGCGGCUCACAGGCCAGAGUGAGUACCUGCGGGCCUGUGGAGUGAGGAAAAGCUAUGUAGCUGAUCUUGUUUGAGUUGUAAAACCAUGAAGUGACAAGACUGUGGCAGAGGAAUGACAAAUAUGACAUGCUGAUAUGCUGUAUGUUCACAAAGAUGCAUUGUCAUCCUCUUUAUGGAGCCAGAGUGGAAUUUUCCUGACGGUGACUGUUGUCUGUCAUGACUUGUAUCACACUAAGAAUCAGAAACAGCGAGACAAGACGUGCUUCUAUCAUGUGAUGCUACAGGUACCUGAUCUGAUAUGUGACACGGGGUUAGUCUGCACACGAGGGAGACAUUAGUUUGAUUCUCUGGGGUGCAAUGUCAUUUUCAUGCAUCUUCUUUCAGUGUGAGUGGCCACAUGGGGUCAUUUAAGUAAAUAACUAAAGUAUCUAUAAAGUCCACAGAGAGAGAAACGAAUGAAAACAAUAGCAGCUGGUUGAACUGGUCUGACGAGAAAAAGGAGGGCGGGAGGAAGUGUGGCAAAGGGGGGAGGGUUCAGAGGAGGAGGAGACAAUGCUGAGUCCUCAAUUAGAAAAGUAGAUAUAAGAGCAAAGAUAAGAACAGAAGAGGGAAGCAGGGAGCUCAAAACAAUCACUGUUUUUAGUUAUGACGUUUAGUCAUGAGCAGUGUUGACUGCACUGACACGACUGGAUUACAUGUCAGAUCAACUCUGACGAACUGAUCCCGCAGUCAUCUACCUCACAGCUGUUGGGAAACUGGUAGGAGUCGAAUUCCAGACGGCACUUUACCUCUGACAUCACUCCAAUAUGAGUGAUGGUGGGGAGGGAAACAGCAGGGCCGAAGAGAGCCAUGGAGCCAGGCAGCCCCAGGCCCCUAACGUCAAACCCAAACUCGGACAGAAUGACAGGAACAGCAAGGAGGAGCACCGGAAAAAAGAGAAAUCAUCAAGAGUGAGGAGAUCGAGGAGUUCUGACUCUGAGAGGACGGAAAGAGGGAGGAGAAGAGAGUCAGACAGGAACCGUGGAGAAAGGAGGCAUCGUGGAAGGAGCGAGGAGGGCCGUGGGCGGCGCCAGAGAGACGGAGAGAGCGAUCGGAGAAGGAUGAAACCCCCUGAAAAUGACGUGGAGGACACAGAGUGCGCUGUGUGCUUCUGCACUUACGAUAAUGUCUUCAAGACCCCAAAGCUGCUGGCAUGCGGGCACACCUUCUGUCUGGAGUGCCUGGCUCGCAUCAACGUCACCUCACCUGAGCUCAAGACCCUGUCCUGCCCCGUGUGCCGAGAGGUGACUGAGCUCCCUCGCGGCCGGGACCUGCCCCGUCUGGGAAACAAUCGGGACAUCAUCAGCAAACUCCCUUCAGAUAUGCAGCGGGCGCUGUCCAUCCGCUUUAAGCGCAGCCAGGGUAAGCUGAUGCUGAAGAACCCUCCUCCCAACAGCCCGAGCAGGCCUAAUGUCGUCAGUCUGCCUACCAAGAGUCAAGACACUCAGGUGGCACCAAGCAGGAACCUCCAGCUAAGUGCAAUGGAGCAGGGGAUCACCCCGACCACUGUGGUGGAUGUAGGCAGACCUCCGAGCAGGAUGAGAGGUCGCCUGCGCAGGAUGUUCCGUUCAGAUCAGUGCUACUACGCAGUGGUUGCGACCAUCAUCACCAUCACUGUGGCGCUCAUGCUGGUGGGAAUUCUGGCUUUUGUGAUCAUACCCACUGUGUCCUUGAACAACGUUCGCCCCCCACGUCCACAAUCAAACAACACUUCACAGCAAAAUCCAUGAACUAGAGAUGCGUCCAUGUCAAGGACAGGACUGUGGAGGGUGUGGGUGGGGUGAUGAAGUGGACAAGGAGAGAGAAUCACACAAAGCUUCCAGUGACCCUUGUUCCACUUUGCACACCUUGUGUUUAUAAUGGUGAAGUACAAACUGAGCUCCUUCAAGCUUGGGUCACGUGGAGAAAUGAAGGAAAACCAGGAGAGCAACAUUUUUUU